GAUGAUGAUGAUGAUGAUGAUGAUGAUGAUGAUGGUGAUGGUGAUGAUGGUGAUGAUGAUGAUGACCCUCAAGAUGACGAACUGACGAUGAAGGCUGGUGAGGUGGUCACCAACAUAAACAAGUUUCACGAAGACUGGUGGGAAGGUCGGAUUGGCGACCGUUUUGGUAUGUUCCCGGCCGCAUACGUCGCCGAGGCUGACACUGCCUGA